AUGUGCGACGACAACCCAUCCAGGCCCUUUGAGUCCGUCUCCGCAGACUUCUUCACAGUCGCUGGCAAGUCCUUUCUUGUCAUUGCGGAUAGACUCUCGGGAUGGCCUGUGGUCGUCCCAUGUGGUGCGGACACCACAGCCACACGCACCAUCCAGAUGUUCUGCCGCUAUUUCCGGGAAAUGGGUGUUCCCCUCCGUCUCCGCACUGAUGGCGGGCCCCAGUUUGCCACUGCAGACUUCCAGAACUUCAUGGAGCGCUGGGGUGUUCACCACAUAGUGACUUCGCCACACUAUCCCCAGUCUAAUUGCCAUGCUGAGGCGGCUGUCAAGUCGGUGAAGCAUCUCAUCUUGACGACAGCCCCCUCCGGCAACAUUGAUACGGAGGAGUUUGCCAGAGGUCUCCUGGAGCUGCGUAACUCUCCCAACUAUACAGGAUGGUCCCCUUCGCAACACCUCUAUGGCCACCCUCUUCGGUCCUGCGUCCCUGCCCACCCAGAGUCCUUCUCCGCGGACUGGCAGACCAAGACGGAGGAAUGCGACCGCCGCGCUGCCGCCCGAGCUGCACAGGUACAGGCUCACUAUGACCAGCACGCCAGGCCCCUCCCCAAGCUGUGCAUUGGUGCCACAGUCCGCAUCCAGGACCCUGUGUCUCUCCGCUGGGAUAAGGUCGGUGUGGUCAUGGGCUGCAGCAGGAACAGGGAAUAUGAUGUUCGUCUCCCCAGCGGCCGUGUCUGGCGACGCAACCGCCGUCUCCUACGCCCAGUGCCGCCCCAGGGUGAUGAUCCUCCCCACCAUAUAUCCCUGUGGUCCCUUGUUAGUACGUGUUUCUAUGAAGAACCUUCACCUUCGUGGCUGUACUGUCCCGACAGCUACCCAACACCACACCUCUUGCCCAAAGCUUAA